GAAAGAGUAUUGCUCAAAGAAAGAAAAUUGUAGAAAAGAACGUCGGAAGUUAGGAAAGAACAAAUUUAGAACACCUUGGUAAAAAGCCUAUAGAGAAAGAAUGCAAUUUUGCCCAACCUGCGGAAAUCAUCUUGUGAUAGCCAUUGACGAAGAAGGUCGUAAUGCAUUUGACUGUAAAACAUGCCCUUAUCAAUUUCCUAUUUCAGCUUUGCUUUACAGCAGACAUGAAUUUCCACAAAAGAAAAUUGAUGAUGUGUUAGGAGGUGAUGAAGCAUUCGAAUCGAAUCAACAAACAGAAGUGGCAUGCGAUAAUAGCAAAUGUGACAAUAAUCGUGCUUACUUCUUCCAACUUCAAAUUCGAAGUGCUGAUGAGCCAAUGAGUACUUUUUACCGCUGUACCAAGUGCAAGUUCCAAUGGCGUGAAAAUUAAAAGGUUUUAUAUUUUGGGGUUUUUAUAGAGUAUUUUUGCUACAGGAUAUUGUUUUAAACAUAUACGUGAAAGUCAAAAUGAGUGUUUUCUUUUCGUUUUUUGUCUUUGAUUAAUUCCAUGGAUUGAUACCUUUGUUUAAUGAGUUUUCUAAAGACUUAAACGCUCUCUGAGUUAAUAAUAAUAAAAAGCACAAAGGCCUUUAAGCUGAAAGGAAUUAUUUUAUGUCAUUUCAUCAAAAAUCGUUCUAGUAACUAAAAAGAAUAAAUGUCAAACAAUAAUUAUAGGAUCAGGAUAUCAAUGAGUUUGAACGGUGGUCCGUCUUUUUAUCUAUGCAUGAAUGGUGUGUGUAAACAGCGAUUCUAG